AUGCACUCUGAUUACAAACUCCCUACUGUUGAACAUAUUGAUCGAGUUAUUUCGGCUGAAAUUCCAAACAAAGACGAUGAUCCAGAAUUAUACUCACUUGCUCACAUUAAUGUUGAGUGGUGCAAUCAAGCGGCUUUAAUCAAAUAUUUGUUUAAAUAUAUUAACAAGGGUCCUGAUCGGGCUACUAUUGAAGUUGCACAAAACAACAACGGAGGUGAUAUUGAUGAUGUUCCUGUUGAUGAAAUAAAGAACUACUAUGAUUGUAGGUAUUUGUCUGCAUGUGAAGCUUCGUGGCGUAUAUAUGGAUUUGAUGUUCAUUACAUAUAUCCUUCUGUUGUAAGGCUUCCGUUCCAUCUUCCUGGAAAACAAAAUGUUGUAUACGGAGCAGAUGAUGAUAUUGAAGAUGUCCUUGACAAACAAUCUAUUUCUUUCUUCGAUGUUCUUAUCUUGGAUGAGCUGUAA